UUGUGUCACUUCCGUUUUCGAGUGUCCGCCAUCUUGUAUCCUUUUUGUCAAAUUAGUGCUGGCGAAAGAAUCGAGCAAAAUGCAGUUGUGCUUUCGUGGAUUAUCAACGCAUCUGCUUGAGUGUCAGAGCAAUGAAACCAUAGCUGAAAUCAAGGAUCGCAUUGCCGCCUUGGAAAACCUAAAAAGCAAUGAAAUCAGCCUCUAUGCUAGUGGUGUUCCUGUUGCUGACGAUAGUUUGGUGUCAGAAUUUGAAAACACAGAUAUUGAAUUGACUGUGGGUUUGUUGGGUGGUAAAGUCCACGGUUCUUUGGCACGUGCAGGCAAAGUCAAAGGCCAGACACCCAAAGUUGAGAAACAAGAAAAAAAGAAAAAGAAGACAGGUCGUGCUAAGAGACGUAUCCAAUACAACAGAAGAUUUGUCAAUGUUGUUGCCACUUUUGGACGUCGUCGCGGACCUAACUCAAAUGCUGGAGCAUCAUAAUUUUUAUUUUAAGUUUUAUAUUCAUAAUUGCAAUGGACAUCAUUUGCUUAAAUAAAAACCAACUAAAGUAAAA